CAUCAAUUUGCCAGUUGCCUACACUUCGAUGUUGGCUGUCGAAUUUCUCGCAAACUGCACAGUGAUUACGUAUUUCUGUUAAUUGGUGGUCUUCCCCUCCCGAAAUUUUGUCUUUGAGACGCCGAUGGGGACCAGAUCCCUUACAAGAAAUGAGUUCAAAACUUCAGAAACGGUUGUAUUGAAGUGGAAUCGUUGCUUGCCUGGGCCAGUAUAGAUCGGUUUUAACUGAGAAAUCCACCAAGAUGGUGUUUGACCAGACGGUCUACGUAGGCAACACGUCAUCAGAGACGAUCUACGUGCGAACGACCUACGAGAAGUGGCAGCAGCUGAAAUUCUCCACGGAGGUCAAACUCAUGUCCGGCGCCUCCACCGGCGGCGGCUUCGACUUUUCGCAGGCUAGCGACCUCACCGAGGGCUUCACGGCUUUGGCCCCCCACCACACGCUUAAGAUGAUCGGCUCUUUCUUCUCGGCCGAGGCUGACCCGCCGGCCAUGGAGGCUGGUGGGGUGGCACCAGGGGCGGCCAAGCGGAUCAGCAUCAGUCGUAACUACCGCGUGCCCAACCGCCAUGCCAUCAUAGUCACACCGCUGAAGACACUGCAGGUAGUCCGUGGGGGCGCCCUCUGGCAGAAACGUUGCAAGGAGUCUGCAUCCUGCCCCUUCAUGUUCCGAGAUAAGACGAAGAAAUUGUCUCUGUGGCAAAGACUGCGGGGACGAAAACAACGAAAAGCCCCUAAGCUGGAUACAUGCCAAGUCUGUGGUCGAGGACCGAAAGCGGCUGUUGCUCCUUAGUCUGCUCCUCGAUUCAAUAACAUCGAUGCCAACGACAUCAACCAGCUAUCCGUCUCAUUGCACGGUGUUUUAUAAUCAGUAAAAUUCUCUGUUACUUUGCCAACUGCUGGCUCAUUACCAGGCUGUUUUUUUACGUCGCAGUCUAAACUAUGGCUGGCCGUCAAUACAAAAGUUAGAGAAUAGUUCACAAAGUCUUCAAAAUUCCGCGCAAUCCUAUCAGACCCCCAGAACUGAUGAUAAAACACCUACUGCUGAAUUGUAAAUGAAAAUUCGACCCUUUAUUAAUGGGACAAAUGCAUAUUUUGAAGGAAUAAAUAAUAACCAAAAAGGGGGGGGGGAUUUAUUUGCAACUUUGGCCAAUUUUAGCCGCCAAUGUAGGCAACACGAGAGCGGUCUAUAGCUGUUGCACCACAUAGCGACCUGACUAUUACCUUAACCUAAAAAUCUUGCUCUUUCCUAUUCUGAGGUGGAGCUGAGAUUUAAUCCAGAUCAAUUGGAUGAAAAAUUCGAUUACGUAAAGAUAAAAAGGCAGCUUGUAGUCUUUUAAUUGAUAAGUUCCUGUUUGUGAACUUGUAGUUUUAAACUGGACUGAACGACUUCCUAGAAAACUCAUCGGCCACGAUAAUACAGUCCAUAAUGUUCUGUUUCUAACAUUUCUGUCGGGCUGUCACCUGUUCUAAUGAAAUAGCAAAUACCUGUGACAUUCUUAUUUGUUCAAAAGUGUUACUCGCGUUUGUACCAUUGAGCGCCGGAGCGGCGAGAGCAUGGUCCGCCGGUAAAAAAGUGGUGUCAAUAUUUUUGACAAGUCUUCCCCAAAAGGAAAUAAAUAAAAUUAAGCAAAACGGAAACAGCCAAUCAAACUUGCCAAACAAUAUCCCCCUGUGGGUGAUUACGUAUGUGUCUAGUUUAAAC